AUGAGCAUCACAUUUGACGUUUUCCGCGCUUCGAAGGAGGGAAAAGUUGUUGCCGACAAAACGACCCGUCCUCUACGGCAUAGCGAAGUUCACAUUGAGAUCACCCACUCCGGCAUUUGCGGGACAGAUGAGCUCUACCUGCAUUCGGAGAUGGUCCUGGGACACGAGGGUGUCGGGAUUGUGAAGCAGAUUGGCGACAGUGUCACGUCCGUCAAAGUCGGAGACCGUGUCGGAUUUGGAUAUUUCCGCAAAGUGUGCGGCUUAUGCGACAACUGCUGCACAGGCUGGGACCAAUUCUGCAGAUCUGUUCGUUUUUACGGCACGAGCGACUACGAUAUCGGUACAUUUGCCUACGGUACUAUCUGGGAUGAGAGCUGUGUCUUUCGCAUUCCCGACGGCUACAGUUCCGAGGAUGCCGCGCCCAUGAUGUGUGCCGGCUCCACAGUUUGGAACUGCCUCCAGCAAUACGGUGCCAAGCCGGGCGAUCGUGUUGGUGUGAUGGGUCUCGGUGGACUGGGUCACCUCGCCAUCAAGCUGGCCGCGGCCAUUGGCUGCCAGGUUGUCGUCCUUUCUCGCACCGAGGAAAAGAGACAAGAUGCCAUGGAGCUUGGGGCACAUGAGUUCUAUGUUGUCAGCUCGUCUGAGGGAAUGGAGAAUAUCAAACCCUUGAAGCAUCUUCUUCUCUGCGGCACCUCGGAUAUUGACUAUGCCGCUUACGUGAAGAUCAUGGACACAAACAGCAUUAUCUUCCCCAUAUCGGUGACAUUCAAAAACCCACCGAUGCCAAUUCUUGCCAUGAACAUGAAAGGCGUUCGCCUUCAGGGUGCGCUGGUUGCAUCUCGGCAAAACCUUCGUGAACUUUUGGAGUUUGCAGCUCAACACAAAAUCUCCGCUACUGUAAUGAAGUACCCUUUCACGGAAGACGGGAUUGAAACUGCCAUGACAGAGCUCCGAGAAGGAAAGGUUCGAUACAGAGCAGUUUUGGUGAGGGAUACGGGGUCUGAAACUUAA